AUGAUAAGUCAAGCUCCGAGAAUGCCUUCAGAAUACCGACACAUGAGCACUGGCUCUUUGAAUAUUCCCCCGCCUACUGCGCCUAACGGCAACAGCAACGGCAACAGCAACGGCAACGGCAACGGUAACGGACAACCACCAGCUGGCGGCAUGGGGAGAUUCGAAGGCCCUCGUAGUCCUCCUAAUCGACAGAACACCUCCCACGUACCCUGCAAAUUCUUCCGGCAAGGCGCCUGCCAGGCUGGAUCAGCUUGCCCAUUUUCUCACGAUUUAGCAAGUACAACCGAUACUGUCUGCAAGUAUUUUGCAAAGGGUAAUUGCAAAUUUGGUCCCAAGUGUGCAAAUGCACAUAUCCUCCCCAACGGCCUACGAGUCAACUACAAACAAGGAGGCCCGAUGGGUGCAGGACAUUUGAAUCUUGGAGGACGAUUGAACACUGAUCUAUACCAUCCGCCCAACUCUGGAUCUGCCCUCACGAACUCUUUCAAUCGUGCCAACGGAGCACCCGCCUCUCCAUAUUCACAACAACAAUACUCUCCAUUCACCAAUCAAGAUGAAGCUUACCCACGCCAUCAGAGCAUUGAUAUUACCGUUCCUGCGAAUGUUCCGACCAUCGAUACUAGUUUCGCUUCUCAUCCAGGUUCCGCUUAUGGUUCUCCACGGGAGGAAGAGUUGUCUCGAUUUGGUUCCGCUUUCUCCCCGGUCGCCGGAAAAGGUCUCAGUGUCUUAGAUGCCCCUCUUCCAGCUUCGUUUGACAGCAAUGGCGUGUCUUGGAUCGCUAGGCACGGUCCGGUCGCUUCCUCUGUUCCAUCCAAAUUCGGUCUUGACUCUCCACCUGGAUCGGUUGGAGCUGCAAAGGAUAACCGUACUUCAGAGGCGUUGAAGAGCUUGCAUAGUUCUGCUUUUGGUGAAGAUACUCGAGAUCGAUUCAACGGGAUUGCCGCCUCGCCACCUACACAGCCUGCCGAGGAAUAUUUUGGGAAGAGGGUUAUGCAUUCUCAACGAUUCGCAACAAAGUCGAAGAACAUUUCAGCCAGUCUCCCAAAGGUUGAUCAAGACUGGCUAUCCGAUUUCGGUUUUGAGGAAGAUCUUCUUCCAGAAUCAUUGAAGGAUCUCAUGACCCCUCAAGAGAAAGCCCGUAGAGGAUCUCGGACAUACGCAGAUGAGGACGGACGACCAUUUACUGUUAACAGUGGUACAGGCACACCAAAUGACACCCCAACUAAAUUUGGCUCGCCAUCUGGCGCUAGUCCUUCAAGAUGGAGCCCCCUCUGGCAGAAACAAGAGGAUGAGAAGACUCGUGCUGCCCUUUUGGGUCAUGUCGGCUCGCCACUUCGGAAUUCCUCCCUUUAUCCAGGUGCUAGCCCAAGCUCUCGACCAAUUGCUAGACCUAGUAACUCUGGUGAUUCUUCGCCCUUCCUCGCCUCUCCACCACGCCAAAGCUCUAUGUCUAUUAUAUCCCAGCAGCUACAACGUACUCGUCUUUCACGAGCAGAGUCCAAUGGUAGCGAUUCCGGCCUUCAUCCACCACGUACAAUCAGCAACCCUAUUGGCUCAGGCUCCAGCCGCACUGGGUUGAUAGGAGAACGACAAGUCAGCUCCAGUAGUAUUGGAAAUGGGGGCAGUGGUAGAUUUACCACUCCUAUUGAUGAGGAGCAAGGCGAUUUCGUCUUCAGUAUGGAGGGUAUGGAGGACGUCGACGAGAAGAAGGGCGAGAAGAGAAACAGUGGUGGUUGGACAUUUGCCGGUGGCACACAAAGCCCACACUUGGGUGCUAUUGGUGGUACUCCACGAAAUGGUGCAACCAAUGGGGGCAGCGUUGGUGGGGUUGAAGGCAUGUUUGGUAGUCGAUAG